CACAUCUAUGCUUUACUCUUGCCCCAUCAACGUUGAACCGAAUCAAGGUCUCUAUGACGCACUGAUUGCGAACGAUGUCAUCCGCGGAGUAUUCGAGCUGUUGCAAGAAUACAGCAAGAAUCUCUACGUGUUGUCCAAUAUCGUCGAUUUGGUCGUGGCCUUGGCACCUCAUGAUCGAGCUAAGUCGACCAUUGGCACUGGACUUGCAUCAUCAUUGGCAGAGGUGCUGGAGGACUGGUUGGUCAGUGAAAAGGAGUUUACCACGAAGUCAUUCCUUCGUAUACUGGAUAACGACGCCCUGGCCGAGGCAAUUAUCGACGAUGGCCUUGUAUUGCGGCUCCUCCGCAUGCUCCUUUCUGCAUCGACAUUCAAAGAGGCCACUGAUGUGAUCAUAGCCCUUACUACCAAUGCACGUUUUUGUCACGCCGUUGAUAAAGCCUGCCACGAUAUCGUGGACGUGCUAG